GGCGUCAGGACAGACCAGGGCGGCGGUCACAUCUUACUGGCUGAAGAAUGAAGAUAAACUUUUUAAGGUGGACUGAAACUAUGUUUUUUACUCCGUUUACUGUAGUCUAAAAAAGAUCAGAAUUUGGGAUUCAAUAUAACAAGCUCCAGAUCUGAGGGGACAUCACACAAGAAGCAGAAUGGUCCACCCCGGAGCCAUAGGAAUAUGUGUGGCUGUCCUGGUGUUUUUCGCCUCAUCGGCUUUUCUACCGGAUGAUCAUUCUCCCAACAUAAACCCUCAGAUAAAGUCCACAGAUAAAGAGCUCCCCCCAGAGUCUGGACUGAGAUGUUCUGGGAAAAGGAACCGCCGCCUGCCCUCCUCUGUGACAGUAAACACCAGUCUUAUUGAGGCCAGCUAUAUGGACAGCUUGGUGCAGAUGGAGAAUAUCAGGACCCGCUCUCUAUCCCCCUGGAAUUACAGCCUCAACACAGAUCCCAACAGAUUCCCCUUUGUGAUCUCCGAGGCCAAUUGUCUCCAUUUUGCUUGUGUAGACGCUGAUGGCAACGAGAAUCCAGACCUGAUCUCUUUCCCCCUCCGGCAGAAAAUGAUGGUCCUACGACGGGAGCAGAAAAGCUGCAGCUUCUCCUAUAGACUGGAGACUGUGGUGGUCACAGUGGGCUGCACAUGUGUCAGGCCUAUGGUCAAUUAAUAAAUUACUAUUACUGAA